AUGUCACCGCUCGCACCUGACAGCCCCGAUCCUGUCCAAGCAGGAUUGGAGUCGGUGGACAACGCACCAUCGUCACCACUAUCGCUUGAUUCCGCACUUGCCGCAGCAGCAGCAUUAGACAUAAUUACCCGCCAAGCAGCACAAAUGUGCAAUGUCUCGCUAGAUCAAAGUCAUCAAGCCACAAGCGACGACGAGAAGAAGGAUCGCGCGACCUUGAACCAGGACCAGAGCCAACUCGAUGCGGAUGACGAUGUUGAUUUCAACCUGGACCUAUCCUCACCACCUUCCCCCACACCUUCUGACCUCGCCGACCAAUACGGCGGGAUCUACAUCGACCAAUUCGGGUACCCCGUCAAUCUUCUGCGCCUCCGUGUUGUGGAAAGACCCGUUUUUCGUCGCCUGACAAGGAGCACAAUGUCCUGGCCAAACGACACCCAGCUCAUUGAUCUUGCAGAGGAGGCACGCUACAAGAGAUUCAAAACUGAGCUGCAUAGCGAACGACACUUCACGGACGAGCAGAGGAAGCAGAGGGUGCAACGGCGCAAGGAACAGAUCCAGGCCAAGCUCCCGUCUGAGUAUCUGAGCAUGAAGACGAUCAACCACGGACGGCUCUUGGGGUUGAUGUUGCAACGUUGGGGGAUGUAUAAUUUCUUUGUGGAGGAGGUGGAGAAUUUCCAAUGGGAAGUCUCGGCUGUUGGAGAACUCAGCGAGGACGACAAGAAGUGGUGUUCACUGCCGCUCCCGGAGAACGUGGCUGCUGCUUAUGGCGUUCCGACGCAGACGGCAGGGGAUCCUCCUCAACGACGCGCACCCUAUUCGACAAAUGGCUGCUGGUACCACUGUUGGUGGAACAAAGACUGA